AUGCAUGGGAGCAGUGGCUGUCUAGCAUGCCAUGGUAAGACCACACUGAAAAAUUCAGUGAAUGAGCCACCAAAAGGAUUAUUAAACGAAAGUCAGACAAUAAAUAAACCAAGCAUAUCAGAGGACUUCUGGACCACCAGCACGUGGGAUAUGGACAACAGUGCAGUUCAGUCGCAAGGAAGCAUGUCAUCAAUCAGCACAAACCAGACGCUUGAUCCGCAUGGUGGCUCUGGCAGCAAUACCACCCCUUCUGAGUUUGUAAAUCAUGGUCUUCUUCUCUGGAACCAGACUAGGCAGCGUUGGGUAGGGAAUAAAAAGUCUGAGAGCCCGGCAAAGCAAAUUCGAGAACCCAAAUUAAGUUGGAAUGCGUCGUAUGAAAGUUUACUUGGGAGUAACAAGCCUUUCCCUCAGCCUAUUCCUCUCCCUGAAAUGGUAGAUUUUCUUGUCGACGUUUGGGAGCAAGAGGGGUUGUACGAUUGA